CCAACAUGGCGGCCCCCGUGUCAGGAAGGUGUGCGUUCUUCGUGGAGAAGAAAAACCGUUUCUGUAAAAUGAUCGUCGGAAGAGGGAAAAUGUUCUGUGGAGAACAUGCGACCAUGGAGGAGGGGGAGAGCAGCAGCAGCGGGAGGAGGAUCGUCUGUCCUCUGGACCCCAAACACACCGUGAGCGAAGACAAACUGGACAAACACCUGAAGAAGUGUAACUCCAGAGACAAAGACAAACCCGUUUAUUACGUCGAGAACGUGAACGCGGGACCGGCCGACGGAGACGAGCCCGUGCAGCAGGUGAGUCUGAGCGAGCAGAGCCGGACCGAGGUCGAAUCUCUGCUGGACAAACUGAGGACGGCAGUCAGAGGACUGCAGUGUGACGUGGAGGACAGCGUUCUGUCUCACCCCGUCCUCCAGGAGGAACUCAGCAACCCAAAGAAUGGCAGCUCCGCCCACAAACACCUGAAACAGCAGUCCUCUAUCCUAGGUCAUCUGGAGCAGCUGGGGCUGCUGGGAGGUGGGCGGUGCUUUGUGGAGUUCGGAGCGGGUCGAGGGAAACUGUCUCACUGGAUCCACGAGGCCCUGAAGACCCGCGAAGAUCUUCAGCUGCUGCUGGUGGAGCGCUGCAGCACCCGCUUCAAGGUGGACGGGAAACAUCGGGAUGCUGGAGCUGAGUUUGAGAGGCUGCAGGUUGACAUUCAACAUCUGGAUUUAAGUAAAGUUCCUCUGCUCAGACAGAAGAAGCUCCCAUUGGUCGGUGUCGGGAAACACCUGUGCGGUGCUGCGACAGAUCUGACUCUGCGCUGUUUGUUGGAAACACCGGGACUCAGAGAGGAGACGGAACCACCACCGAAACGCCCCAAAACCUCAGACCUGGCUGCUGAGCCCGACCCCGGUCCGGCCUCUGACCCCGGUGCUGACCCCGGCCCUGUCCUCAGCCCCGUCCUCGGCCUGGCGGUGGCGCUGUGCUGUCACCAUUGCUGCGUGUGGCAUCACUACGUGGGUCAGGAGUUCUUCCGGCAGCGAGGACUCGGAGCUGUAGAGUUCUCAGCUUUUUGUCGGAUGUCCAGCUGGGCCACAUGUGGACUGAGACCGAGCAACCAGGACCAUCCACCGCAGAAUCUGACCAAUCAGAGGAGAGACGACGAAGAGCACGAAGCAGCGGAGGAGACGGAUGCCGCGAGCAGCUUCCUGUCGGCAGGUGAACGAGAGCAGCUCGGUCGUCUCUGUAAACUUCUCAUCGACAGCGGCAGACUUCACUUCCUCCGCAGCAAAGGAUUCAACGGCAAACUGACUCGAUACGUGGGCGCUCAGGUGACUCUGGAGAACGUCUUACUGACCGCGGUGCCCUGCGCCACGUCCUGCGCCACCGUCCCCUCCUGAAGGUCAAACCCUCGUCAGUUGACAGAUGAAACGAUUCAUAGACCGACAUGAACGUUUUCUGUUGAUAUUUUAUUGAUCACGUGACUUCGCCUGUCACCUGCUGUCCACUCUGAGACUUUAUUGUUUGAUUGAUUGAAAUGAUGAAAACGUGUUUGGUAAAAGCAGCGUCAUAUUAAAGCAGUUUGUGUUUCUCA